GUCCGUCCGGCUGCUAUAAAACGUCGACACAUCUCUAAAAACCCUACUUUUCUCUGGUUCGAAUUUCAGACCCUUUAUUUUCUGCCGGAGAGAAGAUGCCUCCGGAACGCUCAUCACUUCUUGACAACCCACCGGAUGCCUAUUCCUCGUCUGAAGAUGUAGAAGAGGACGAAGAAGAAGCAGAAGAGGACGAAGAAGAAGAUGAACACGAGCAAGUUUCCGCUAAGAGAUCCUCUUCCAACAACCCGACCAUUAAAUCCGCGCCCACUUCAAAUACUAUGUCAGGUCGUCAAGCUCACACUCCCUCCGGUGAUGAAGAAGAAGAAGAAGAAGAAGAAGAAGAAGAAGACGAGGAGUUCGAUUCCCAGGAAGAGUCCGGUUCUGAUUCUGAAUCACCCGAAAAACCCCGCCAGCCCGCUCUUGGUGCCGAUCCAAGAAUAAAGCCUAUCACCUCCAAGCCUAUGGACGACACACUCAAGCCCAAGAAGCCUCCGACGAGGCCAGGAUCUGCUGCUCCUCCGGCGUUGAGCAGCCCCACAAGAUCUACCACCAGAGCAAAACGCCCCGUGGAGACUGAUAAAGAGGGGAACAAGGACCCCAAGAGUAAAAAGAAGAAGGUUUGGAACGCCGAUGAGAACGGGUCGCUUCAAGUAGAAGAAUCUGAGAAGAAGUCCGGGGACGAUGCCAAGAAGCAAUUGUUUCAGAGGUUGUGGAGCGAGGACGACGAGAUCAUAAUCUUGAAGGGUAUAAUCGAUUACUCAAAGAAAGGCACUGACCCAUGGACAGACAUGGCUGGGUUUCUUGAGUUCAUCAAGAAAUCGCUCCACGUUGAUGUAAAUAAGAACCAAUUAGCUGAUAAAAUCCGUCGAUUAAAGAAGAAAUACAAGACCAAUAUGGGCAGAGGGAAAGGGGGCAAGGACCCUGUUUUUUCUAAGUCGCACGAAUCCAAGACAUUCCAAUUGUCCAAGAAGAUAUGGGGUUCCGAUGAUGCUGGUGGCAAUAAUCAAGCCACUACCGAUGAUGGGAAACAGAAAGCUGAAAAUGCUGUCGGUUCGGCUUCUUCGGGAGAGGCCCCAAAUGCGGCAGUGAAGGCCGAUGAAGAGCUAAAUUGGUCAAUGUACCCGUGUGUAAUGGAGUCAUUCCGGCUUAGGCCUGAUUUUGGAGAGGAUAUUGUGAAAGAAGGUUUGGGUUUGAUGGGGAGCUCAAAGUUGAAGGAAUUGGAGGAGAGGUGGAGGAAGUUGCAUAUGGAAGAGAUUGAGAUGUACCUGAAGCGGGUUGAUUUAUUCAGGGACCAGUUGAAGAUGCUGUUUGAUGCUCUUGGAUCCAAAAAGUGAGGUAAUUAGUAGUUGUUGGUUUGUUUUCGGCCAAUGUGAGAAAAAAAAAAGACAAUGUUACUUCUUUUUCUUUUCCAAGGAGGGAAUUUUCUGAGAGUUUUGGUGAAUUUCGGUUUUAACUAUACUUCAUCGUCUAUCAAACUAUGCAUUUCUUACAUUUGGGAGAUCAA